AUGGAGCCCAAGACAGCAGAGAAGGUGCAAGCCGCCAUCGAGGUGGCCAAGACCGUGUUCAAGUGGACCUACAUCCCUGCCCUCAUCUACUUUGGUCUCAACACUGGUCCCGCGCCAAGGCCGACACUGGCAGACGUCUUCACCCUCGGUGCAUGA